UUAAUCAUUCAAACACAAUAAACCUUUUUAUUCGAACGAAAGUGGCCAGAGUGAAGAAGUAGUUUUAAAACAUAAUUUUACGUGGUGCCUUAUAAAGUGCAUUAACAAUUACCCAGUGCUAUGGCAGAUGAGAAGAAUUUUGACCAUCUCUAUGAGAAUCUUAUUCUAAUUGAUGGAGCGGCCAAUCUUGUGCAUAAAAAAUUCACCCGGGAUCAGGAAUCUGUGAUACAGAGGGCUAAAGAUGCAGGAGUCCAAAAGAUUAUGGUUCCGGGCUCUUCGGUGAAGAGCAGCAAAGAGGCACUGAGGCUAUCGCGAAUCUACCCAGGGAUUGUCUACUCCACAGCUGGUAUCCAUCCGCAUGAUUCAAAAUCAAUACAGGAGGAACCAGCAUCGUGGCAGGAAUUCACAUCAAUUGCUCAGGCACCCGAAUGCGUAGCAAUUGGGCCCUGUGGGCUCGACUACCAAAGAGACUUCUCUGAACCUGAUGUACAAAAGGAGAUCUUUGAGAAACAAAUUCAACUCGCCUGCCAACUCGAUAAGCCGCUCCUCAUACACGAGAGAUCUGCCCAAGAAGAUGUUCUGGAAAUACUAAAGAAAUAUCCGGAUGUGCCCCAAGUAAUUGUUAAAGGCUUUAUGGGCACCACAGACGAAGCACUGAAAUACCUCGGCCGAGGGUUCUUUCUAGGAUUAACUGGCUACUUGUGUAAGGACAAAUCGGACACCGGUGUCCGUAAAUUACUGGAGGAUGGAACUCUGUCAGUGGAUAAGCUGCUGGUGGAGUCAGAUUCUCCGUUUAUGUAUCCAAAUACGAGGGCAUCAAAAUUGCCUCAGCACGUAAAGACUGCUAUUACAGAGAGAUCUUUGCUAUUUCUUCACAGAUACUGUACUUUUCAACGCAACGAACCAUGUAGUUUGCCUGCGAUCGUGGAGAUGAUUGCGGCCUUCAUGAAGAAGACACCCGAGGAAGUUGCUCUGGCUACCGCCUUCAAUGCCCUCAAGCUCUUCGGAUUAUCGCAGUAAUUUCACUUUUUCGGGGGAAGUUUUGCGACAAAAUAUUUAACUGAGCAUUGAGACUCUCGUCAGACAGAGGACUAUUCUUACUCAAAAGAUAUCCCACAAAUGGUUUAUUUUAUAUAAUUAUAACUAUGCUCCGUUAUGUGAGCUAUAUAUCUUCCACAAGAUGUUGUAAAACGUUUCAUAAACUUACUCGCGCCCUCCCCCCCUAUUUAUUCUCUUUAAUCACCAAAAUUUAUUAAGUUAUUCAAUCAAUUGUAAUUGAUAAAAAAAUAUAAAAAUGCAAAGAUAAAAA